AUGGCUUUCCCCGGCGAGCGUUUCACUCUCGACCUCGAGGGCGAUAUUAAUAUCCCCUCAAAUCCUCCAGCCUCUCCAUUCGAUUUGAUCGGUGAAAUCCGCGAGAGAAAGCCCACCGCCCCCAAACCGCCCGCACCGACGCCCACCGCUUCUUCCACUGGCUUCCCCGCCCACCGUCGCCGCAACAAACCCUCCUCGUUCAAGCAGCGCCGUACUGAGCAAGCCACCCCUACUGUUCCUCCAAAAGAAGAUCUCACAAAAACUACCCCGCCUACUCUACAAGAUGACAAGAGGUCUAUCGGGGAGGAGAACACCCGCCACCUGGCAUCCAUGUCAGAGGCGCAGAUCGAGAAAGAGCGGGAAGAGCUGAUGGCAUCGCUGGACCCCGGACUCCUAGAACGCUUCUUACGUCGUGCAAAGAUCGACGAGGAUGAAAAGGCCAGCGACAAAGCUCCCCCAGCAGCCGCAGCAGCCCCAUCAACCUCGGCAAAGCAGGCAGAGGUCCAGGACGAAGAAGAAUUACCCUCCAAAUCCAAGAAAUCAGUCUCAUUCGACAUCCCACCCCCAGCCAAAGCACCACCCAAGAAGCAAGAACCCACCCCGCCAACAAACUCGAAGCUACCACCAGGAGGACACGACGAUCUCCCCCCAACAACCGUCCCAAAGGACCUCCACCCAGCAUCAGAGUACCCAAACAUGGACCCCUCAACCAUCGAACGCUUCCACUUCCCCCAACCAACAAAGCCAAUGCCAACCCUAGACCCAUCCUCACCAAACUUCCUCGAAGAUCUAAAAACUCACUACUUCCCCGAAAUCACCCACGACCCCUCCUCCCUCUCCUGGCUCCAACCCCCGUCCUCCGACGAAGAAGACCCCGAAUCUUCAUCCGCCUACCACCCCGCCAGCAAUGCCAUCUCCAUGGCCCCCUCAUCAAUCCGCUUCUCGCUGCGCGGCACGAUCCUCGCGCCGGAAACAUCCCUCUCCCUCCCGACGAACCUGGGCCUGCAUCAUCACGGUGAUGACCCGCAGGCGGCGGGCUACACGAUUCCCGAGCUGGCGAUUCUAUCGCGCUCGACGUUCCCUGCGCAGCGGUGCGUUGCGUGGCAAGUUCUUGGCCGGAUUCUGUACCGGCUGGGCAAGGCUGAGUUUGGGGAGCGCGGCGGUCAGUUGUCAGAGGGACUGUGGUUUUGCAUUGAGAAGGAGGGUGUUGUGGCGGGGAUGCUGACUGAGGCGGAUGGCGGGGUGAACUCCGAUCUGGGGAAGAUCAAGACGGAUGGUAAGGAUAAGAAUGGUGGAGAGAGUGAGUCUGGUCCGCCUGUUGCGUCGGGGAUUGGGCGCCAUGCUAGUGCGACGGCUUGGGCUGUUGAGGGCGUUUGGUUGUGGCAGAAGGGUGGUGCUGGUGAUCGGGGUUUGUUGAGAGAGGGGCAGCAUCGGUCGACGUGA